CGCUGUGAAAAAUAUGCCGGAAGAGCACCAGAUGGUCAACGAAGUUCUGCAAACGUCCAAAGCUCUUGUUCGACACAUCAAAGCCACUACCCUGCAGCACAUGCUGCCCCGUAAAGUGAAACAGGAGGUUGAUACACGUUGGAACACUGUGAUUGACAUGCUGGACUCCUUGCUUUCUGUGUACGACGAGAUUCAGGUUUUGUUGGGCGAGCGAAAGGAGGAUGAAAUGCUGCCAGAACCGCGUGAAUUUUUAGAGCAGUUAGUUGAGCUUUUAAGACCGGUCAAACAAGCGACUGCAGAACUGUCAGCGAGCAAAUUUCCCACUAUGCAUUUGGUACUCCCUUGGCGAAAAAAGCUGGAAGGCUUUUAUAUGGCAGCUGCUAAUGAUGAUGAAGCGCCAGCAAUUUCGGCCUUGCGAAAGAUGAUGUUGCGUUACCUACGAGAAAAAUUUGUGAUCGUGGACAUUCAUCAGAUUGCGGCUUUUCUGAAUCCUCGAAUGCGCACGUUGAAAAUGUUAACCGAAGCGGAGAAAAGAGCCGUACAUGCACGCGUGAAAGCGUUACUGCCUGUGAUGGGUUCUGGUUUAAGCAGCUUGCAUUCUAAAAAACCGACUACAAGUAGAGCAAGCACGUUUGCUGAUUUCGAAGAUGAUUUAGUACCUGAUCAAGAAGACGACGAAAUUGGAUUAUACUUAAAGACAUCCGUGCCACCAAGUUCAGCUGACGACGAUGAAAGAUGGAUACUUGAGUUUUGGAAGAACAAAGAGACCGAGCUGCCCAGAAUGUCGAAACUGGCCAAACAGAUUUUUGCUGUACCGGCGACAAGUACUGCUUGUGAACGAACGUUUAGUUUAGCUGGGUUCGUUAUAGAUGACCGUCGUAAUAGUCUUAAGCCGGAAAAAGUUGAUGAUUUACUUUUCUUAAAGAGUUACUACGCUAAUGCGUCGGCUGGUGUUACAGAAGACUUUCCCGAGUUUAGUAAAAAAUUUAAUAAAGUUUUUCGGAGUGGAGCGGAGUGGAUUCGGAUGGUAGAAAAUAUUUACGGAUCGGAGUGGUCGGAGUAA